AUGCCCGAAGAGAUCGUACUGCCUGCCCCUGCGGACUUCCAUGUCCAUGUCCGUCAGGGGAAGAUGUGUGAGCUUGUUACCCCUCAAGUAGCCAAGGGAGGUGUGAGGACCGCAUACGUCAUGCCCAACCUUGUCCCACCACUCACUUCCACAGAUGCUGUCCUCGCUUACAAAGCCGAACUCGAACGACUUGACCCUUCCAUUCAAUGGCUCAUGACUCUCUACUUGCAUCCUGAUGUCACCCCUGAGGAGAUUAGGAAAGCGGCUAAAGCUGGUAUCAGUGGCGUUAAAUCAUAUCCUCGAGGUGUCACGACAAACUCCAAUUCCGGUAUAGAAGAUUACGGAGUGUACUAUCCCGUGUUCAAAGCCAUGGAGGAGGAAGGAAUGGUAUUGAAUUUACAUGGAGAAGUACCUAGUGAUCCCGAGAAGAACAUAUCCAUCCUCAAUGCCGAAGUCCACUUCCUCUCCCACCUGAAAAAGCUCGCCUAUGAUUUCCCCAAUCUCCGUAUCGUUCUCGAACACGCUACGACAUCCAACGCUGUCGACACUGUCCUCUCCCUUCCAGCCAACGUAGCAUGUUCAAUCACCGCUCAUCAUCUCUAUCUCACAAUUGACGAAGUCGCUCCUCAACCCCAUCAUUUCUGUAAACCCCUGGCUAAAGAACCUAAAGAUCGAAAGGCUUUGCAGGAAGUAAUCAAAUGCGGUAAUCCCAAGUUUUUCCUUGGUUCAGAUUCCGCUCCCCAUCCUCUCUCGAGCAAGAUACCUAAUCUCACCCAGGACGGUCACAGCGUAUCAGCCUGUGCGGCUGGUGUGUACACUUCGCCCAUAUUGAUACCGCUCGUAGCGACCCUGCUGGAGAGUUUCGGUGCGUUAGAUCAACUUCAGAACUUCGUCUGUGAUAAUGGUAGGACUUUUUACAAGAUACCUGCCCAAAAGGGACAGGAGUUGAGACUGGUCAGAACACCUCCAGAGGAAGGCAAGGGGAUAGUCAAAGGUACAUUAAAAGGUGACGAUGGUAUUGAGGUUUUACCGUUCUGGACGGGUAAGAAAUUGGAAUGGGAAAUCGUCAAUUGA